AUGGGCUCGACGCCCGGCGACAUCUUCGUGCACCGCGGUAUUGCCAACCUCUACACGCCCGGCGACGACAGCAUGAACGCCGUGCUCAUGAUCGCCCUCAUCAACUUCAAGGUCAAACACAUCAUCGUUGCGGGCCACUCAAACUGUGUCGGAUGCCAGACUGCGCUGCGCUCCUCGAUGCUCCCGCCAGUGCCCGAGACGCAGGCGAUCCAGCGAUACCUGAAGCCCCUCACGCAGCUCGCGCGCGCGAUGACGACCGAGGACGGCCCACCCUCGCUCGAUCUGCUCGUGGAGGAGAAUGUCGCGCAGCAGGUCCGCAACCUCCUUGCGUCGCAGGUUGUCCAGGACGACUGGAAGCGCAGGGGGCAGUAUGGCGUCACGGUGCACGGGUGGGUGUACCAGCUUGAGAAUGGCACGAUCCGCGACCUCGGUAUCUCGCAGGGCCCGCCCGACUCGAAACCGGGCAAGAAGAUCCUGCCCAAGUUGUUCUAA